CUCGUUUAAUAUUCUCGCGGUUUUUCUUCUUUGAAAAAAAUUUGCUAGGCAAUUUUUUCGAUUUUAUGCUCCUUAUUUUCUUUCAGGUUUGAGGUUUGAGCCGGGACAGAACGAAGGACGAAACAUGGGGCGAAUUAGGAGUUUAUGGCUCUUUCUCGGACUCGUGUUAUUUGCCGUCUCAUUUUAUGAUGUAACUGCUGAUGUAAUACCAUCCGAAAACGAAUGUAGGCCGUACAUUGAGAAGGCAAUUCAUGAACUUAAAAAUACUGAACCGAUAGCGACUGAUAAUGAUUCGACUGAAGAUAAAACGGUAGAAGAUGAUGCGAGUAUUGAAACUGUUACGACGUCAGAGGCAGCGGCAGUAGAUAGUAGUGAUGACGAGAAAUCAGGAGAAGAAGCAGCUACUGAUGAUCAAAAAUCCACAGAAGAGGGUACGGACGAUAAUAAGUCAACAGAAGCAGAAGAUGACGGAAAGGAUUCAAAGGAGGAUGAUGAUCAAAAAUCUGGCGAACAAGAAGCAGAAACUGACCAAAAGUCAACCGAAGAUGAUGACAACAAGUCAGGAGAAGAAAAUGAUGAUGGAAAGGAUUCAAAGGAACAGGAUUUAGAGAAUGACAGCAAUGAAGAGAAAUCAGACAAUGAAAAUGACACUACAGAACAAACUGAUGAUGCAGACUCAAAAGAGGUAGCUACAGAUAAUGACAAGGACUCAAAGGAAGAUACUACUGCUGAUGAUAAGGAUUCAAAAGAGGAUGCAGCUGAUAACGACUCAAAGGAAGAGAAUACCGAUGACAAUGACACCAAAGAAGUUCAAGCUGAUGAUGGCAAUGACUCAAAGGAAAAUGAGGCUGAUAUCCAAACCAACGAGCAAGAUGAUGAAUCUACAGAAGAAGCACAAAAGGCUGAAUCAGUAGAAGAAACUGAAAAUGUUGCAGCAGAAGAUGGAGACUCAAACGAAGACAAUGAAAAUAAAUCAGCAGAAGAAGCAGCUCAAACCGAAGAGGAUACAAAGGAACAAGAAGCAACUGAUGACAAUGAAGAUUCAGCAGAAGAAAAGGUUCGAUCAAAGCGUAGCAUCACAGAUGAAGCCACACCAGAAGAUGAUGGAAAUGAUACCAAUGAAGACACAGCUGAAGAUAAUAAGUCCCAAGAAAACACAGACGAUGAUAAUGACACUAAGGAAGACACAGCCGACGAUAACCAGUCCCAAGAAAAUACAGAAGAGGAUAAUGAUACCAAGGAAGACACAGUAGAUGAUAAUGACACUAAGGAAGACACAGCAGAUGAUAAUGAUACUAAGGAAGACACAGCAGAAGCCAAUGACACUAAGGAAGAAAGUUCACAAGAAGGAGCUGAUGUAGACUCUAAUGAGGAAACCCCAGAAGCUGAAAAUGAAGACAACGAUGCCGCUGAAGAGGAUUUAACAUUGGGAUAUGAAAUUCCAACAAAUUUGCGUCCACGUAGUCACAUUACUCAGCUAUUGGGAUUAGAUGCUGAGUCAUCAAUCAAGGAAAAUGCCCUCAAGCGUACUGGCGAUGUUGUUCUCAAGGAAUUGAAGAAAAUUUAUGAUAACGCAAUCAAGCCACUUGAAACAAUGUACAAGUACCGUGAACUUAGCAACAGACAUUAUGGUGAUCCAGAAAUUUUCUCAAAACCAUUGAUUGUCUUUAUGGGACCAUACUCGGGUGGAAAGUCGACAAUCUUGAAUUACUUGACAGACAAUGAAUACAGAGAAACCUCAAUUCGAUCUGGUGCUGAGCCAUCACCAGCAUACUUUAAUAUCCUUAUGCAUGGAGAUGAACCAGAAGUUCUUGAUGGAACACAAUUGGCAGCUGAUUGGACAUUCUCAGGAUUACAAAAGUUCGGACAAGGUCUUAUGGAUCGUUUGAGAGGUCAAAAGCUUCCCAGCAAACUGUUAGAACGUGUCAAUAUUGUUGAGAUUCCCGGUAUAUUGGAAGUGCGUAAGCAAGUUUCUCGUUACUUCCCAUUCAAUGACGCAUGCCAAUGGUUUAUUGAUCGUGCUGAUAUCAUCUUUUUGGUCUAUGAUCCAGCAAAAUUGGAUGUUGGUCCAGAAACAGAAGCCAUUCUUGAUCAAUUAAAGGGACGUGAAUAUCAGACGAGAAUUUUGUUGAACAAGGGUGAUCAAGUCAAGCCUGAAGAACUUCUCCGCGUUCAAGGUGCUUUGAUUUGGAACAUUUCACCAUUAAUGUCAUCUGCUCAACCUCCAGUCAUGUAUACUGUCUCAUUAUGGUCAAAUCCCUACGAACAUGGGGCUCCAGUCCGUCUAUUGCAAGCACAAGAACGUGCUAUGCUUACUGACUUACGCGAGGCAGUUGAUAAGAGAAUUGAGAAUAAGAUUGCUAGUGCUCGUCGCUUUGCUGUUCGCAUUCGUAAUCACGCCAAGAUGGUUGAUUGCUAUCUUACAACUUACUACAACCAAAAGUCACUGUUCAGCAACAAGAAACAAGUUUCCGAUAAGAUCAUCGAACAUCCUCAAAACUAUAACAUUUACGAAGGAUUAUCGACUCUCACAAAUAUCUCACGUUACGAUCUUCCUGAUCCCGAAGUAUAUUUGGAAUUCUUCCGUUUGAAUCCACUUUAUGAAUUCAAGAAAUUAUCCGAAACUUGCACAUACUUCAAAGGCUGUCCAAUUAAUAAAUUAGACAUUGCAAUUGCUUAUGACCUACCAGAGCUUGUAGGAAAGUAUAAGAAGUUGCUCGAAGAGAAUUACUCUAAGUUGCGUAAAGAAUUCGACGAGAAUUGUAAUCAGACAACUACUGAGCCACCAGUUAAAUUAAAUUCUCGAUAAAGAACCAAAAAAAAAAGAAAAGAAACUAAGUCAUUCAGUAGAUUAGCACAUUCACUUAAUCCACAAAAAAUAAAUGUCCAUAAAAAUUUUAAAACAGAAAAAAAUGUGCGACUUGAAGAAAUUUUAAAAAUUUUUACAUUAUGUUUUGUGAGAGAGAGAAUAAAAGAUAUGACGAUGAGUCAUAAAGACACACACAUACACACACGAAUUAUAAAAAUAACUCUUAAACAGCUGAUGUUGAUCAUAAAAUUUUUUUUCUCAUACCGCUUUUUAACCAUAAAUUAUUUUAUAAUGAAGAUAUUUUUUAGCUAUUCAUCAUUGAAAGGAGUAAAUUAGGUACUUGCUUCUAUCGCCAUUAAUAAAUUCAGGGCGAUUAAGACGGAUUUUCCUUAUAAACUGCUUUAACGGAUUUUAAAAAUUCAAAUUCUAACGGAUUUUGAAAAUUUAAAUUCCAUCGGUUUUCAAAAAUUCAAAUUCAAACGGUUCUAAGAAAUUUGAAAUGGGAAAAUGCGUUAAAAAUCCUCAUCAAUCUUUAUAAUUAUUUAUUUUGUUAUCUAUUAUCUCAUACGUAUUUAUCUCGUUAUUUUAAAACUACUUUCAAUUCUAUUUAAAAAAAAUGGUGGGUGUUGGUGAUUUUCUAAUUGCAUAAAGAUACUGAAAGAGAGAGACACAAACAAUAAAAUCAUUAGACAUCGCAGAUAGAGACGACAAUAAAAAUUUUAAAAAUAAUGUGUUAUUUAAAACUUUUUGAGAUUGUAAAAAAAAUAUUAAAAAUAUUGAAUUUGAAAUAAAAAUGUUGAAUUUUUUUUCCAAAACUUUUUUUUUUAUUGAGGAUUUCUUUAUGAUGGGAUAUAAUCGGUAUCAGUGAUAAGUGAUUCCCUUUCUUUUCCAGCAUUGGACAUUUUUGGUAAAACGACAGCAAUGUAGCCGUGUCCUUCCACUUCCAAUUUCUUGAUGUCAUCAUUUAAACUCUCGUUUACUUCCAACAACUUUCCAACAAUACAGCUGAACAAUUUAUAUUCAGUUCCAUCGAGAGUCUUGAUGAGUGCAACUGUUGUGUUUUUCUGAAGAUUCAUAGCGCCUUUCUUAUGCUUGCCUUUGACUUGAUUUUGGCUACGAUCGCAAUUUCCAAUGUCAAAAUUAACGCUUUCAAUGCCUUUCUUAAAUGCAAUAUGACUCUUGGCGAUUGAAAUUAAGCAAACUCCAUUAGUAUGGAAUAAAAUCAAGUGAUCCUCAUUGUCACCAUUCUCUGAUGUUCUUUUACAAUAGAAUCGACUGAAAUAUCGAUCAACAAAUGAUGGAAAUGGCUUACUUUCAUCAAGAUAUGUUAUUAUUGAUGGAAUCCCUUCAUCAUAUUCAUCCUCAUUAAGAUAAUAUUUAUCCAUAACUUUAUGUCCUACUGGCUAAAUACUUUAGAUGCUAAACUAUUGUUUCUGAGCUUGUUCUUCUUGUCUCAUUCGCUCGUAAACUUUCUGUCUAUUCAAUUUUGAUUGAUCAAAAUUCUUCUUUCUAUUAUCGGCUAGUUCCUUUUUUAAACACCUUUGGACUGUCCUGUCGAUAUCACUACAAGCUCCGAGAAACUUUUGGAAUUUUUUCUUAAAUUAAAUUAAAAGAAAUAUUGCUGAUAAAGGAUUGUAUUGAUGAAAAAGGCACUAAGUUAAGCAGAGGAUGUAGAGGAGCUGAAGAAGAUAGUUUAUU